CAACAACCAGAAACCGCCAUAUUUUCUCGCGUUUUUGUAAAUAUUUUGCCAUAUCCUAUCUUCUAUGCCAGCCCCAAAGUCUCAGUUACCCUUUUCUUGUAGUGUAUGAACCCAAUGCAAGUUUCCACGCCAAUCCGAAGCCCAACAUGGGUUUCGAGACGAAGACUCUUGGAAGAAAAGCUCUCAGACCUCCACAAGUGGAGCAACCUGAACCAGAUAAAGCAAGUCCACGCCCAAAUUCUCAAAGCCCAUCUCCACCAGGACCUCUUUGUAGCACCCAAGCUCAUAGCGGCUUUCUCUUUGUGCCGCCAAAUGGUGUUGGCAGUCAAUGCUUUCAAUCAGAUACAAGAACCCAAUGUGCAUUUGUAUAAUACUUUGAUCAGAGCGCAUUGUCAGAACUCUCAGCCCUUACAGGCCUUCGCCACUUUCUUUGAAAUGCAGAGUAGUGGGAUUUAUCCUGAUAAUUUCACAUACCCAUUUCUUCUUAAAGCGUGUUCUGGGCAAUCUUGGUUGCCUAUGGUCCAAAUGAUUCAUAGCCAUAUUGAGAAGUUUGGGUUUUGUUCAGAUAUUUUUGUGCCGAAUUCGCUCCUUGAUAGCUAUUCUAAGUGUGGAUCGGCGGGUGUUAAUGCAGCGAGGAAGUUGUUUCAGGUGAUGGGGGAGAGAGAUGUUGUGUCUUGGAAUUCUAUGAUUGGUGGCCUGGCGAAAGCGGGGGAAUUGGGGGAGGCUCGCCGGUUGUUUGCUGAAAUGCCUGAGAGGGAUACGGUUAGUUGGAAUACAAUAUUGGACGGCUAUGCGAAGGUGGGAGAAAUGAACAAGGCGUUUGAAUUGUUUGAGAAAAUGCCUGGGAGGAAUGUGGUGUCUUGGUCUACCAUGGUUUGGGGCUAUUGUAAAGCUGGGGAUAUGGAUAUGGCAAAAAUGUUGUUUGAUAAGAUGCCCGUUAAGAACUUGGUUCCUUGGACUAUAAUUAUAUCUGGGUAUGCUCAAAGGGGGCUUGCAAAUGAGGCGAUUAGCUUGUAUGAUAAAAUGGAGGAGUCUGGGUUGAAGUCUGAUGAUGGGGCUGUUAUUAGUAUUUUGGCUGCUUGUGCAGAGUCUGGUUUGCUUGGAUUGGGUCAGAAAGUUCAUGCCUCUAUUAAGAGGACUAGAUUUAAGUGUAGUACUCAAGUGUCAAAUGCAUUGAUUGAUAUGUAUGCAAAAUGUGGUAGCUUAGACAAGGCAUAUAUUGUCUUUGAUGGGAUAGCAAAGAGGGAUGUAGUAUCCUGGAAUGCCAUGCUCCAAGGGUUAGCGACGCAUGGACAUGGAGAGAAAGCACUUAAGCUUUUCUCUAGAAUGAAACAAGAAGGGUUUAAGCCUGAUAAAGUUACCUUAGUUGGUGUGUUAUGUGCUUGCACCCACGCUGGCUUUGUGGAGGAGGGUAUUCAAUACUUCUACACGAUGGAGAGUAACUAUGGGAUAGUUCCCCAAGUUGAGCAUUAUGGUUGCAUGAUUGACCUUUUGGGUCGUGGGGGGCGUCUGAAGGAAGCUUUUAGGCUUGUGCAUAGCAUGCCAAUGGAACCAAAUGCCAUUAUUUGGGGAACCCUUUUGGGGGCAUGCCGCAUGCAUAAUGAUGUGGAUCUUGCUGGGCAGGUUGUGGAUCACCUGGUUAAAUUAGAGCCAUCAGAUCCUGGAAAUUUGUCUAUGUUGUCAAAUAUAUAUGCUUCAGCUGGAGAUUGGGAUAGUGUUUCCAAUGUAAGGCUGCAAAUGAGGAAUACAGGAAUCCAAAAACCAUCAGGGGCUAGUUCCAUAGAAGUCGAUGAUGAGGUCCAUGAGUUUACUGUUUCUGAUAGAUCACAUCCUAAAUCGGAUAAAAUUUAUCAGAUGGUUGGCAGAUUGGUUGAGGACCUUAAGCAGGUUGGAUACGUCCCAAAAGCAUACCAGUAGGAGUCGGUGCAGAUUAUGGUUUCGGUACACUGUUAAAUUGGUGCUUAUAUUGCUAGCAUUCUCACUUUAUGGGGCAGGGCACUUGUGUAAAGCCUCGUUUUGGGUAACAUUUCCCCUUGAAGGUCCUGAAAGCUCUUCUAUUUACCGGAUGUAUUUUGGCAUGGAUUGGUUGUACUUGCUAAGAAAACAAUGAAUGGUAUGGUUGAUUGUUCAUAUAUGUAAAUGCCAUCUAUUUUUAUCCAGUUUUAGAUAUUCAAAAUUGCUACUGAUCAUGCAAGAUUCUUCUUC